CUGGCUGUACUGUCGAUAAUAGUGACGAGUGAUAUUGGAAAUAAAGAUAUGAUAUGUGUUAGUUACAAGAUGUCAGGAUUCCUUCUAAGCUAUAAAUGGGAGAAAUUUCAGAGAAAAUCGUCGAAACAAUUGUCUCAAAUAUUGAAAAUGUGCUUGAGCGUCUUCUUACAGAUGUUAAAGGGUUACCAGAGGAGAAGAAAUCUGACAAAACGUGGAUAUUCUUGAGACAUUUGAUGUAUUUGAUUGAACACGUACUGUUCAGGUUGAGAAAUAAUCCAAACGAGGAGAAAACCAGGGAAGAUUUCUACUGGGCACUCUGGCACGAGAACAGGGAUACACAAGUAAAAUUAACGACGCUAAGAGCUGCAAUUGAGGGGCAAAGAAAACUCAAUCAAGGGAUUAUCGAUAGAAUUCAUGGGAAUUUCAUACGAAACUGUCAAUUAGUAUCGCGAAUCGAUGAUAAAUUCUCGGUAGAUGCUGUAACGAUUAGACUUAAAUUCGAGCGUAUGCAACUCAACGAAUAUAAAAAAUCUGAGGAUCGACAAAAUGAUUUGAAAGAGAUUUGUGGAGUUUCUAGGAAUAGACUCCAGAAUUAUCGAUUAAGUCUUCGAAAAUUGGAGCAAGAAACGUUUCAGAAAAGAUUAAAAAUAUCAGGGAAAUUCUUAUCACUAUUGAAUCGAUACGACACAGAAAUAGGUGGAAGAAGGAAAACCCUUUCUGAUCUCGAGUCAAUCCUGAAUGAUCUCACAAAGAAAAUCCACCAAUUACAAGAGAAUAUGAACGAACAAUCCAAUCUGUACAAUUCUUGUUUCAACGAACAAGAGGAACGGAGAUUAGCAGAAAUAAUGGCAAAACUCGAGUUGAUUACAGGAGUUAUUGCAGCAAAGAAAAUACAACGCUGGUGGCGAAGUAUUCUCCCUGCUCUCAAGAGUAGAAAGAAGAAGAAAGCCAAGAAAUCGAAGAAAGAAAAAAAACGAAAGAAAUAAUU